AUGGGAAAGUCAGCUUACUCAAACAAGAGACAACAAGAAAAAUAUACAGAAGAGAUCCUUCAACAUGCGUAUAUGUCAACAUGUAACUCUGUUCACACUCCUCUGCCUCAAUGUCUUGAUCAUGUUUUCAAGGAUACUAAGCCAUUUUCUGAGCCUUCUUACUUCAUAAGUCUUGCUGGGAAGCUUCAAUACUUGACCAUUACUCGUCCUGAUAUUCAGUUUGCUGUCAACUUUAUUUGUCAACGAAUGCACUCUCCCACUGAGUCAGAUUUUGGUCUCCUCAAACGGAUUCUUCGCUAUCUUCGUGGCACUUCGAAAAUGGGUUUGCAUCUCUACAAGAAUAGUCCUCUACAUCUUGUUUCCUACAGUGAUAGUGACUAUGCGGGGUGUAAGGAUACUCGUCGAUCUACUUUUGGGUUCUGUGUUUUAUUGGACACUAAUAUUGUGUCCUGGUCUGCAAAGCGUCAACCUACAGUGUCUCGGUCUUCCACAGAAGCUGAGUACCAUGCUCUCGCUUCCACUGCUUCUGAACUCACUUGGACUGCUUCGGUUCUACGUGAUCUUAGUAUCUCUCAAUCGUAUGCUGCUCUUCUCCAUUAUGAUAAUCUUUCUGCAGUCCACUUGUCUGCAAAUCCUGUUCUUCACAACCGUUCCAAACACUUUGAUAUUGAUUAUCAUUAUGUCCGUGAACAAGUAGCACUUGGUCUCCUUGAGGUUCAACACAUUCCAGCCGAACUGCAACUUGCUGAUAUCUUCACCAAGUCCCUUCCACGACCAUCCUUUCAGCGCUUACGACACAAACUGAAUGUGCGUCUUCCCCCCACACUCAGUUUGCGCGGGGCUGUUAAUGUCAAGCCACAAGCCCAACAACAAGCUCAUGUCUAA